CCUUUUCCAAAACCCGAAAAUUUUCGAAACACCUUUUUCAGCCUUUCCCUCCUUCCAACCGACAGCUUCAACUUCCCGAAACCCCCAAAAAUAUUUUAAAAGCAAAAUUCUCAAAACCCAAAUCCCCAUUUCCCUCCUAAUUCGUGGAGCCAACCCCAAAUUCCAAUUUCAGAUACAAAUUUCAGUUCGCUGAAAAGCCCAUUUCUUGAGUCUCCAAGAGCUUCAGUGGAAAAUUCAUCUCUCAGAAGCCAACCUUUUGCCUCCAGACUCACUUCUCACAAAGACCUAAGUGGGAAAUUCAGUCUCUCCAGCUUUAAUGCCUGCUCUUGCAGAAACCCUAGAUGGGUCUUCGCCAUUUUCGCAAAAGGAAGCCGUAGAUGACCAUGCUUUGGUGUCUAUCGCAGAAAAUGCAAAUGGGUCGUCGCCAUCUUCACCUCUCAAAGCCCUAGACGAUAUGUCUUCGGAUUCUUCUUUGCCAAACCCAACUGGGUCUUCACCAUCUGUUGAAGAAGGCCAAGAAGAUGAACCAUCACCACCUUCGCCUCUCAAAAUUGUUGGUAACGAUUUAUCAAAUUAUGAAUCUGAUCCACAUUCGGAGUUCUCAGGACCAUCGCGGUGGUCGUCUUCCGCACCUUCUUGGUCUUCUCGGUGGUCGUCGAAUUCUACCAAGGAAUCAGUGAUUUCCUCGGAUUCCCAGUUUUCAAUAUGUGAAACAAAGCCCUCUAUGGUGGGUGCAGGGCUUGCAAAUCUAGGCAACACAUGCUUUAUGAAUGCAAUUCUGCAAUGCUUCACGCACACUGUGCCACUCGUGGAGGGUCUUCGUUCUUGCAAUCAUUCCAUGCCCUGUGAUCGUGGUAGUGAAGGAUUCUGCGUUCUUUGUGCUCUUCACGACCAUGUUGAUCUUUCAGUAGCUUCUUCAGGAAGAGUUAUUUCACCAUGGAAACUUGUCAACAAUUUGAAUCAUUUCUCAUCUUUCUUCCAAAGAUACCAGCAAGAAGAUGCCCAUGAGUUCUUGCAAUGCUUCUUAGACAAACUUGAGAAAUCUUGUUUGGAUUCGUUGGAAAAGGAGAGUCUAUCUGCCCAAGAUCAAAACCUUGUGGAAAGGGUUUUUGGUGGUCGUCUCCUAAGCAAACUUCGUUGUUGCAAUUGCGGUCACUGUUCUGACACUUACGAACCUCUGAUUGAUCUGAGUUUGGAGAUUGAAGAUGCAGUGACUCUCCCAAGGGCCCUGGAGUCCUUCACUAAGAUAGAAACUAUCAAUGACUUGGAGACAAAGUUUACAUGUGAGAACUGCAAGGAAGAAGUGUCAGUGGAGAAGCAGCUUGUGGUGGACCAGGCUCCUCUAGUUGCUGCAUUUCAUCUGAAGAGAUUUAAGACUGAUGGAUCUCAUGUUGAGAAGAUUGAAAAACAUGUAGAAUUUCCUUUGGAGUUGGACUUGAAGCCCUACACCAGUGGAAGUGACAAUAAUGUGGAAUUGAAGUAUGAACUUUAUGCAAUUGUGGAGCAUGUUGGGUUCUCAUCUACUUCUGGACAUUACUUUUGCUUCAUUCGGUCAUCUCCAGAUACAUGGCAUAGGUUGGAUGACUCAAAGGUCACUAGGGUUCAAGAAGAGUUUGUUCUGUCACAGGAGGCCUACAUUCUGUUCUAUGCAAGGCAGGGUACUCCUUGGUUUUCUAGCAUAGUGGAAUCACUAAAGCCGUGCUUGGAUCCAGCUAUGACGAAUACAUCACCCAAAUCGGUCCUAGAGAAUGUCGAGAGUGUCAGCAUUUUAUCUCCUAGUGUAAACAAUGUUGAUUGUUGUGUUGCCAAUGAACCCGGAGAUGCUCAUGAGAGAAUUACUCUUUCGUUGCCUCGAGCAAGAUGUGAAGAGGUUGAGGUCAUUGACACUAGAGAUGCAGCCGAUGGUUGUUCCAAGGAGACUAAAGAUAGUGCUGCUGUGAUUGAUGCUUCAACUCCAGGGAGGGCAAGUAACUCCUUUGAUGGAAAAUCACACAACAAUGAGAAUAUAUGUAGUACAUCGUCUCUUGGUGGAAAUAGGUGCCAUAAAAGGUCUCCUAAAGUUUAUCUCCAUCCUAUGACACCACCCAGAUCUCCUAGUCCUGAUCUGCCUUCUUUUGAGUCUCCAGAACCAAUUUAUUGUCUUCCACGCGAUCAUUCGAAGUCAGUGGACAGUGUUGCCUGCAAAAGAUCAUUGAACAAUAUUGUUCGAAGUGAUCAUUUGAAGUCAGCAGACAAUGCGCUCUGUAAAAGACCUUCCAACAAUGAUGUGGAUGAUUCAAAGAGAAUUGAAGCUUUCAGAUAUCUUUCAAAAAAGAGUUUGACAAGGGACAGGGGAAGCCAACUUCUUGCUGCCAUGGUCAGGCCUCAAAGUGAAGGUUCUUCGAACAAGAGAAGGAAGAGAGUGGGAUCAUCACCAUGCAAAAAGGUCAGCCCUCCUGGUGGUAGUCAUAAAUCUAUGCGUCCUGUGGCGGCGGCAUUACGGUGAGCUGUUCCAGGCUUCUGCUCGCUAAAGCUUUCUCCAGCUCAGCCGCAAAUGUAAAAGAUGAGUUUGUUCAAAUAUUUCAUUUGAACAGAAAAAUAGAAUAGGAGUUUGUUCAUAUAUUUUAUCUGGCAUCUUUUUGUUUCUUUUGCCAAAAUUUUAUCUGGUUUCUUGUGGAAUGAAUUACUGUUUCAUUUGCGA